CGUAAACAAAUUAUACGAGGGACUCAAACCUGUUGUGACUUGUCGAUACUCGAUUAUCUGUUAUAAUUUUGAAAAACAAUCAAGUUUACAUUUUUUAAAUGAAUUUUCCAUAUUAUUAACCUUUAUAUGACGUUGUUUAGUGCUUUAUAAUAUAAUAAAAUUGUUUUACUAAAUGUAUUUUUUUUACUAUAAAUAUUUGUUGAUAGUAUGGAUAAAGAAAAUAACAAGAGUGCUGCAGGACUUAGACGCUCAGCUAUUGUUGAAAGAUUACGCCUGAGAGAGGAAUGGUCGGCUUUAAAAGAGACAAGCAACGAACCAAUAUUAAGACAAAAUAAUAAAAAUGUCCCCACUAAAAAGCCGAACAACCUAAUAAUAUCAUUCCCUAAGAGGAACGGACCGAGCAAACAGCUCACAAAAAUCAAUGAAGAAUCAAAUUAUGCUGUCUCUGAAGUGCUUCGUGGAACAGUGGUUCUGGUGGACGUGGGUUCGGAGCUCAAAGCUUUACCACUCAGGGCUGCCCUUACAGCUCUCGGUGCAUCCGUGGUACCAUCGUGGAGUCCCCUCGUCACUCAUCUAGUUUGGUGUCAAGGCGGCGGCCGUGCCGUGCGGGCGCGCGCGCGCGCGCUGGCGGCGGCCGUGGUGUCGCCGCUGUGGGUGGAGGCGUGCGCGGCGGCGGGCCGGCGCCUGCCCGAGCGGGUGUUCCCCGCGCCCGCGCGCCCCUCCGACCUGCCCUCCCCCGCCACGUUACGCCGCCUGCUGAAAAAAGCCGAACAAGAGAACAUAUCAUUGCAGAAUCUCUUAUCGGACAGUGUCGAGAGUGACAAAGAUGCCGAGACCCGUGUGAACACGGCGCCCCGUCGGGCGCUGCCCGCGUCACCGACGCCGCAGCGGCCGACCAAGUCCAAGAGGAAACUCUUCACUCAGAAGGAAGCGGACAUCAAUUCUGCCGAUGAAUCGGACAAAGAAGAUACGCCAAUAGCUACCAACAAGCCGCGCGGGCGCCGGCAGCUCGCGCGCGCCGAGCGCCUCGCGCGGCGCCUCGCCGGGCGCGGCGGGCGCGGCGCCGGCACGCCUGCGGGCGACGGAGCUCCGAGGGUCGUGUUAACGGGCAUGUCGAGGGGGGAGCGCCGCGAGAUAUGGGAGGCGAUAAAACGAUUGAACGGCAGGGUUCAAAAUCAAAUUAAUAAAAAAACGACCCACGUCCUGAUGGGGUCCUGUGACGCGUCCUCGACGGAGAUCCCGGCGAUAAACGAUAUACAAGUGGCCGGUCAAAAGAAAAAAAUAACUAUGUGUCAAAAUUGCAACACACCAGAGGAUAUCCUCUCUCAGAUGUUCCUCAAUCAUGUGACCGUUCAUCGACCAGCUGAGGCGAACGUUGGCAACAUUAUCUGCAGCUGUAAUAAUAUAUCUGGCGUUGCCAGGAUAUCGACCGCGCAUACAGCUGAAGAUAUCACGAACGUACCGCACAAUGAAGGAAAUAAUUUUAACAAAAAUCCAUCGAAUACCAAAGAACCCGGACCGGAUGUUCAGACAAUUUUGACAAGUUCAAUGGAGUUGGUUAAGAAAGACAAGCCGAGAACGGUUAAUGCGUUGUUGGGUGCGGUGAGGGGCUGCAGGGUGCUGGUCGCGCAGUGGGCGAGGGACUCGGUGAAGGCGAAGCGUUGGUUACAUCAUUUUGGCUAUGAGGUGCCACAUCUGAUGAAGAUAUCCCAGAAAGCACGCAUCGAACGUUCAGCUCUAGGGAAAAUGAAUUCCGAAUAUGCAUACGACAUAUUCAACGGUAUGCGAGUACGCGUAUCCGAGAAUGCAGAGCAAAAGGAAGCUGUGAACCAACUAUUGACACUCUGUGGCGCCAUCACACAUAAUAAAAGAAAUGGCGCGAAAAAACAAAAUGGCGGAAACAUCACAGCUGAUUUUGACAUAACAGUAGGGCGGGAAAGUGGUGAAGUUUGUUCGAAGUGGGUUUUCGAUAGUAUCGCAGCGGCUAGGAUAAGAACUACGAGGCGAUAUGUCAAUAAAGACAUACCGAGCGAUGUGAUAAUAUUAAGCUAGUGAUUAUGGGUUGUGCUUUAUUUUGUAACGCGUGCUAUCUUUGUAAAUUUUUAUCAUUAAUUGUCUGUAAUAAAUGCCGCCAAGAUACGGUUUCGUAUAGGAUGCGGGAUUUUUUUCCCAGCUUAAUGCAGUGAAAAUCUGCGUCGGUUUGUUUAGGCAGUCAUGAAUCUAACUGACUGAGUUCCUGACGAGAUGUCAGGAACCGUGUAGGUUGGUGACGGCAAGUGGAAAAACGACCUCUGUACCUUGAUAUUUGACUUUGACAUUAUUGGCUAGUCACACAUCAGUUUUGAUACAUUAAUGUUCUCUACAAAAUAUUCUCUAGUCGUAUAUUCAAUUAUAUAAAUUAUAAUUAUGUUUUAUUUCAUAUGUUAGUAAAAUGUUCCACAAAGGCCCCAUCGUUCGCCAUAGCUUUCCUUUGAAGGGGACAGUUUAAAUCUUAUUUGAUUUCGCUGUGUCACUGCGGUUUGGUGGAACACACACGAUUUCAAGCGCCUAAUGAACUUUGAACUCAAAUUUUGUAAACCAACCAGUGUCUAGUGAGCUGAUGCAACUUACCGAAUAAAGUCUAUUAUAGAUGACAGUCAUCAGACAUUUUAAAUUAAUUUGAAUUAGUUAUCUGUGUUUAACUAACGACUGUUUAUUUAAACACUAUUUCUCUCUUUCUCACAUUAUCGACUUGACAUUCGAAAGAAGAAGACAAGCAUUGUUCAACUGUUCACCCGUUCACAACGUUCGUAAGUAAGGCCUAGUCUUUACCUUAAAGUAACCAAUAAAUUGACAACGUGAAUCAACGCUGCACUAUUACGUUGAAGUAUUUUUUUUAAUAUGUCAUUAGUCUAUAAUCUAUUGAUAUUUUAGAUAUCGUUGAAUUUCUAAUUUAUUCUUAUUUAUUUUAAUUUUUAAUUAAGUGUUUAAUG